CUCUUCUGAUAUGUAUUUGCAUAUUAUUUCUCGUUUCCUCCAUCCAGUGUGCUGAGUCCGGAGUCAAAUAUCUUGAGUCAAUGUUAUGUGUUCGUACGCCUGUCGUGUUGGAUGGACAGGAAAAUGUCGAGACGAAGGAUGCUGAUAUGGUGCAUCUUUUGAGACAAGGUGUCUUUAGUGACACUCAUCUGCUUGCUCUCAUGUACGCUGGUGAAUUAUGCUACUGGCACUGGCGGAUUGAAAAGGAAACAAGCGGGGAUCUUGGUAAACGAGAUGUGGAUGAAAGUGGUGCGAAGAAGUUUAAUUCUGUAUCGGAUGGAAGGCGAUUUCUUCAAAAGUUUGUGGACAUUGUUAAGGAGAGUUUCAAAGGAAAAGGGUGGGAUUCUACCCGAGCGGAGCAAAUUCUCGGGGAGUUUGCAGGAUCUUGAUGACUUGAGCUACUCAAAUGAGAGAGUACAAAAAUGGCAAUGUAAAUGUUUCCUUUUUUAUUUGGCAUUAAUAAAUGUUGGUUUUUAAUCUG